UGAAUCGUCAGGCAGUUCUAAAAAAUUGGUGGACGAGCCGCACGGUCGCUUACGUGCAUGUUUUCGGCGGCUGCGCUCGAGCAGCCAGCUGGGCGCGGCCGCCGGUGACCAGGUGUGUGUGUGCGCGCGCAGAGAGCGGGGGCUCGGAGAUGUCGGGCGGGAGCGGGGGCGGCGGCAGCGUCGACGUGGACGCGCGCCGCCCGUCCACGUGCCGCGUCGAGCUCGGCAACCUGCUGGCGCCUGAGCCGCGCCCUCUCGAUAACAAAGUCAAGCGACAUAGCAUACAUGGCAUGACAGAGGAGGAGAAUGUGGUGCGACCACAUCAAGAGAUGGCGGUGCUGUCGUUGGAGGAGAAGAAGUACCUGCUGGGCGUGGAGCGGGGCGACGUGGCAGGCACGCGGCGUGUGCUGCAGCGUGCGCGCGACACCGGUCACGUGAACGUGGACUGCGUGGACCCGCUGGGCCGCUCCGCGCUGCUCAUGGCCAUCGACAACGAGAACCUCGAGAUGGUGGAGCUGCUGCUUGAGUUCGGCGUGGAGACGCGCGAUGCGCUGCUGCACGCCAUCUCUGAGGAGUUCGUUGAGGCAGUCGAGGCGUUGCUCGACCACGAGGAGCGCACGCGCAAGCCCGGGGAACUACAUAGUUGGGAGGCACUACCACCGGAGACAGCAACGUUCACGGCGGACAUAACGCCCCUGAUACUGGCGGCGCAUCGCGACAGCUACGAGAUCAUAAAGCUGCUGCUGGACCGCGGCGCAGGGCUGCCGGUGCCGCACGACGUGCGCUGCGGCUGUGACGAGUGCGUGCGCUCGCGCCGCGAGGACUCGCUGCGCCACUCGCGCUCGCGCAUUAACGCCUAUCGAGCGCUCGCUUCGCCCUCUCUCAUCGCACUCUCCUCCAAAGACCCCAUUCUCACUGCAUUCGAGCUGUCGUGGGAAUUGAGGCGGCUCUCCGCGCUCGAGCACGAGUUCAAGACUGAAUACCAGGAGCUGCGCGCCCAGUGCCAGGAGUUCGCCACGGCACUUCUCGACCACACGCGUACCUCGCACGAGCUGCAGGUGUUGCUGAAUCAUGAAACUGGCUCGCCGCAGGCGCCGCUUAUCGAGCCCGGGGCGCCGGAGCGGAUGCGAUUGUCCAGGUUGAAGCUCGCAAUCAAAUUGAGGCAAAAGAAGUUCGUAGCGCACCCGAAUGUGCAGCAGCUGCUGGCGUCGAUCUGGUACGAGAGUGUGCCGGGCUUCCGACGCAAGAACAUGCUGCUGCAGGCGGCGGAGAUGGUGCGCAUCGGCGCCAUGUUUCCGCUGUACUCGCUCGCUUACAUCGCCGCGCCGCACUCCGCUGCCGGCCGCACGCUACGCAAGCCCUUCAUCAAGUUCCUCUGCCAUUCCGCUAGUUACUUCAUGUUUCUAUUCCUGCUGAUCCUGGCGUCGCAGCGCAUCGAGACAGCGGCGGGUGGGCUGCUGUGGGGCGCGGCGCCGGGCGCCCAGCAGCCAAUGUCGCGGCGCGGCGCCCCGCCCUCGCUCGUCGAGUGGCUCAUCCUCGCCUGGGUCAGCGGUCUGAUUUGGAGUGAAGUAAAACAAUUAUGGGAUAUGGGGCUGCGGGAGUACGUGCACGACAUGUGGAACGUGAUAGACUUCGUCACCAACUCGCUGUACGUCGCCACUGUCGCCCUUCGCAUUGUCUCGCAUUUUCAGGUUCGGCGAGAGAUGGCGCAGGGGCUACAGUGGAACCAACCGCGCGAGAACUGGGACGCUUGGGACCCCAUGCUGCUCUCUGAAGGUCUAUUCUCGGCGGCGAAUAUAUUCAGUAGUCUUAAACUGGUGUACAUCUUCAGCGUCAACCCGCACCUUGGGCCGCUGCAGGUGUCACUGAGCCGUAUGGUGCUCGACAUAUUGAAGUUCUUCGUGCUGGAUAUACUUGUAAUCUUCGCUUUUUCUUGUGGACUAAAUCAGUUAUUAUGGUAUUACGCUGACAUGGAGAAGAAACGCUGCAGUACUGGUAACUCAUCAUUGACCCCCAACGGGACACUGCCGGACCCAGACGCUUGUAUUGUUUGGCGUCGAUUCGCUAAUUUAUUUGAGACGAUGCAGACGCUGUUUUGGGCGGCGUUUGGUUUGAUCGACCUGGAUUCUUUUGAACUGGACGGCAUCAAGAUUUUCACGCGGUUCUGGGGCAUGCUGAUGUUCGGCACCUACGAGGUGAUCAACGUGAUCGUUCUGCUCAAUCUGCUCAUCGCCAUGAUGAAUCACUCUUACCAGUUAAUAUCGGAGCGAGCCGACGUGGAGUGGAAGUUCGCGCGCAGCAAGCUUUGGAUCAGCUACUUCGAGGAGGGCGGCACGGCGCCGCCGCCCUUCAACGUGAUCCCCUCGCCCAAGUCCGUGGUGUACGCGUGGCGCUGGCUGCAGCGCCGCCUCUGCGGUCACGCGCGCGCCAAGCGCGAGCACAUGCGCACCAUACGGAGAAAAGCUAAGCAAGCCAACGAAAGAGAUUUUCGCUAUCAGGCAAUAAUGCGCAACUUGGUACGUCGGUACGUGACGGUCCAGCAGCGGCGCGCGGAGUGCGGAGGUGUCACCGAGGACGACGUCAACGAGAUCAAGCAGGACGUGAGCGCAUUCCGCUGCGAGCUCGUCGAGAUACUGCGCAACUCCGGCAUGAACACCUCCACCGCCAACGCCGGCGCACCUGGUGGCGGUGGUGGCAAGAAGAACCGACAGAAGGAGCGGCGGCUCAUGAAAGGUUUCAACAUAGCACCAGGCGGGUCGCUGGCCCCGGUGGACGAGUUCUUCGCGUCGCUGCACCACGAGCACGGCGGCGUGCACGGCGCGGCGCACCACGCGUCGCUGUCGGCGCUGCUGGGCGGCCGCCUGCGCACCAGCCAGUCCAGCCUGUCGGACGGCGGCGCCGCGCCCGCGCCGGCCGCGCCGGCGGCGGCGCGCCGCAAGCCGGCGCCGCACAAGCGCCGCUGGGGCACCAUCAUCGAGGCGGCGCGGGCGGCGCGCGUGUCGCGCCUCAUCGGCCGCUCGCGCUCCGAGGACUCCGUGUGCGACCACGCGCGCGCCUCGCCCAGCGGGAGCGAGCGGUCAGAGUCGGGCAGCGACUCGCAGCGCAGCCCCGAGCGCGGCCCGCUGCAUCCGCUGUCGGCGCUGGCCGCGCUCAAGCGCAAGCGCAAGAAGUUCUCCGACUCGCGCCGCGCCGCCGCCGCGCCGCGGCCCGCCGCGCAGCCGCCCGACGCGCUGCAGCGCGCCAGCUCCGUGCCGGCGCGAGCGCCGCCCGCGCCGCCGCCGGCCCGUGCGCCGCCCGCGCCGCCCGCCGCGCCGCCGCCGCCACACGCGCCCGCCGGCGCGGCGCGCGGCGGCAGCCGCGAGCCCCUCCUGGCCAGCCUCGACGACGACGCCCACAAGGAAACCUGUGGGCAGUGCGGAUGCGAAGCGGGCGCGGGCGCGACGGCGGCGGAGCGCGCGGGCGGCGCCGAGGCAGCAGCGGGCCCGGGCGGCGGCGCGGACGCGGCCGCGGGCGGCGGCGCGGGCGUCACGUGCGGCCGCUGCGCGGCGCUGGCGCGGCUGGCCGGCGUGACGCCGCUGCACGGCCACGCGCCGCACCACUCGGCCGGCUGGCUGUAGCGGCGCCCGCGACAUCUCCCCGCUCACAGGCCCGCCGCCGCCGUACGCGGUCCGAGUCCAGGUCGCCCCGGUACGAGACGAGAACGCAACGUAGACAGUUUUAGUUCCUUUUCGUACAAUGAAAAUUCGUGCCUAAUUUUAAAAUGUACAGUAAGAAGUUCGAGAUAGUGAGAGGAACGCAACGUUCAUUCCGCAGUCAGUUUUUGUUUUCCUUCGGCAGUUGAAAACACAACAGGGUAACUUGUAUGUAUUAAAAAGGCAUAUUAUUUGUAACCACGUAAGUAGAUACGAGUGUGUAAAACAAGUGUCACGUAUGUAGAUAGUUACCUUAUGUCCGUGCAUAUAUACUAAUGUUUAAAGUUUUUGCAAGCAAUAAUCAAGUACUAUCUAUUGAAAUUAUAACAUUCUUUUAUAGCGAAUUCUUUUAAAAGCUAUUAGCGAAGGUACACAGGAGUACUAGUAAUAGUCAUAAGGCUCUAUUUACAGUAUCAUGUCUAAGUUCAAUGAUUCAAAGACCAUUUACUAAUAAUUUAGGCCACGUACUAAAUUAUCAUGUGUAUUUUAGUCUAAACGAGCUUCUGUGUAGUAUGUAGGUGUGACUACAGUAAUACGUUUAAUAUUUGACACUUACAUGGAAACGAAUGGUCCAGUCACGUUACGAUUUGUUAUAACUUUAUACUACCUAGAAAAUAUUGAUAAUGUUAAUAUUGAUAGUUCGAAAUUCAAAAUCAGGAUGACAGCUGAGAAUGGCUGUUGUGGUUGAAACUUGCUAACUUAUCUACCUACGUGGAAAAUAUGUUUUCAAAAAAUACUCAGUAAUGGUUUACCACUACAGAUUAUUUUUUACCAGCUCCUAGGCGAGUGGCAAACAAAUCUAUCAAUGUUAUAGCUAUCGCUAGAGUCCACGACCUAGGGUGAGAUGAUCAUAUCCGACGUCUUGUUAUUUCUCACGCGGGCGCUAUCCGAUACGAUUCUGUCGAUAGAUUCAUUUGCCACCUAUCUCGGAGGCUGAUUCGUUGGCGUGAGUUGUACAAAGUUUUAUUAUGACUGCGUUCACGUUCACGUCGAUAGAUUUUUAUGAAAAACUGAGUUUUUGAAAUUAUCCGUUAGAGGCGCUGACAAGUUUUCUACUCAAAUUAUCGACGCUAAAGUAGUCCUACAUAUAUCUUUGUUUAACUCAUUCUUAUCAAAUAAUUAUAAAUAAUGUAUAAAAUAUAUACCUACAUCUAAGGUCCCUUAGUAGGUAGGUGCAUAAUUUAUAUCACAGCAUUUAGUCAAUUUAUUGUAAUAAUAUGUUAUAAUGUGUCGUAUGUAAUUGCACACAUAGUAUAGGUAGUUAAUUAAUUAACGAGGAAUGGGAAAUAUGGUAAUGGUACACAGUAUGUAACAGGUAUAAAUAAUUGAUGAUUUAUUAAAUCAAAAUCGUCUAUUGUGUUUACCGAUGUAGCUACUGACACGGAUUUACGAUUUUAUUAACUCUGAAUUUAUAACCUAUUUGAAUAUUAACAAUUUCAAAAUGAAACUCUAAUUCUUAAUAGCAUAAUAGCAUUUAAUUUUUAUUCCAAGCACAACAUGACAUUUUGAUGUCUCUGUAAUUAGUGUUGCCACCUAAAAACAAGGAAUUACAUAGAAAUAAUGAUAAAAUAAAAACUGUAAAUCAUAUGGUUGCCACCUUUCUUCUUAUACAGAUAUAAUUAGUAAAAAGAGGACGAAAGAUACACCGUCAGUUGCUUUAUUUCUUAAUUCAUAGUAGGCUAGUGUAUAGAAAAUGUUUGAUAUGUCAAUUAUUUGUCAAUGACAAAUUUUACAUUGCUAGAUUAUAUAUUCGACACAGUUUAUGUAGAAAGUAUGCAAGCAGGUUGCAUCUGAAUUUGGUAGGGUUAUACGACCAUAUAACAUUUUCUAUACACUAGCCUGCUAUGAAUUGAAAAAAAUAGCAAGUGAUGGCGUAUCUUUCGCUCUCUUUUUACUAAUUAUAUUUGUAUAAGAAGAAAGGAGGCAGCCAUAUGAUUUACACUUUAUAUUUUAUCGUUUCUUCUAUGUAAUUCCUUGUUCUUAGGUUGCCACUAAAUGAAUUAAUAGGAAGUAAGUACAUAAUGUUUGGAUUUGUUGUACUACGUCGAUGGGUCCGCUCAGUUCUCUCGCAUAAUAAUAGUGCCUACCAAUUAAAUUAGUCGUGAGAAAGAUGUAAGCGGUUUCUGGUGUCAGUUAUCGAUUGUCCAAUUUACAUGCGAAUUUGUACAAGAGUUUCAUUGUAUUUGUAAGAAUCAAUGGUACAGCAACAUCUUGUCAGCCUGAGUAAGACAAGAUUUAUAGACAUAAUGCUUAUCAUUGUCCUUCACUCUGCCUAUACUCGAAUAUCCUAAUUCUAAUAAACGUAAAGUGUCAUUACCUAUGUACUUAACUACCUGAGAUGAUAAAGUAUGAAAGUCAUUAAAUAAAUUUAUAGUAGGUACACGCUGCACAAUCAUGAUCUGAGAUGACAACCAUCACCUUUAUUUAGGAAUUUCAACAAUUCCUCGUCUCUUAUUAAAUUAUUAUUUAAGUAGAAAUUAUUACGCACCUAGCUGUUCGCAUGCAUGAGAAAUACUUAUUUAAUAAGUACCUAGGAUAUAAACUAUAAAUGCAUACAUGUUUUACCUUAGACGGUAGCUCUUCCUACUAAAAUAACAAGAACAUAUUUUAUUGAACACCAAUUAGGUAAGUAGAUUAAAAAAAAUACUAUUAGUGAUUUAUGAACUUAAUAAGUGAGCUAUUUUAUAUACAUACAUACAUACAUACUAUGUAGUAAUGGUGUGCAUAUACGCUAAAGUUAUUUAUUAUAAUGAUGUGUUCCAGAAAGUUUUCCAAUAAUAUUUAGUUUAUCGGCGCACAUUGAAACAGUCGUAUGUAAUAAAUAAGUAAAACGAACAACACGAAACAGGGUUUUUUAAAAGGUGUCCGUCGUACUUACCCCUUUCGAUGUACCUAACAAUAGCCGUCGCGUUCGUAUAUCUAGCCCUGACUUUAUAAGACACUUAGGCUAAAUAGAGAUUAGAUUAGAUAAAUAAAUAUUAAUAUACAUUUGAUGCAAUACCUAAUAAUCGUAUGUGAUCACAAAGGUUUACAUUCUUAUAUUUAUAUAAUGCAGAUGCAACGGUUUUAUGUAAAUUCGUUAAAAGGUAAAUUUUUGAUAGAGGGAAAUAGUGGGAUGUCCAUAGAGCAUGCACCCGGAACUGUGCCGGCCGCCACGUGUCUACCUACGAUUGUCUGUCGAUUCACUGAGAUCACAUAUGCUUAGCAGUAAAACUUGUAGAAAUACUGAAAUACCUUGUUGCAAAGACACGAUACCCACGGCCAUCUUCAAUCAGACCAUUAUAGGGUCGCAAGAAAAGAACACUAUGCAAUUGAUAACGUAAUCGCAAUUGUUGUAGACGCAAAUAUGAUGCAACCUAGACUAAGAAUAGGGGCCUCAUAUCACCACAUCAUAACUACGUGAUAAAGUGACUUUAAAGUUUUAGCCUUGUGUACAAUUUGUCUUGAGAAGGGAAAUAAGAUUUCGUGGGUGUUUGGGUUGUUUGGUUGGUAUGUGGGUAGGCGGGUGGGCCGGCAUGGCUCGGCCGCGACAUCUGCACUCAUAUCGUCCCUCCUGUGUACUUGCGUGCUAUCGUCUAAUUGUUUGUGUAAUAAUAUCAUUGAGUACUGGAUAGUGUUUAUCGAGUACGACCAGAGGCCUUCACACGUGUUUAGUUGUUAGCCGCGCGCCGCUCGUCGCUCACCGCCGGCCGCCGGCGCAUAAACGAUUAUAUUUUGUAAAGAGUUGUUAUUUAUUUAUACAUUAUAUUUGUAUAUAAUGGUGCGAUGUUUAAUAAAAUAAGCACUACAUAUAUUUGGGUUUUAUUUUUUCCUCCCUCGUAUCAUAAAGUAUUUUAUUUAACGAAA